CUAGUACGACUGCUUAAACUCUGUGCUUUUCCAGUCGACCACUGUGAGUUAACCACGAUUUCUCUUUUCAAAGUACUGCGAAACGCGGUUUUGGGUCCAAUAAAUACCCAUCUUCCCUUGCAAAUGAAAACAUAAAGACAUUCCCAUGGCCAUUCACAAAGUUGCUAGUUUGGUUUUCUUUGUGUUAUUAGGUUUAGGUAUAUCUUCUGCUACUAGAGCCCUCCUCUACCGUGAUGAAGAAGUUAAUCACCCUCUGACAACAGCCUAUGUUGCUGGACAUGGCGUUGGAGCCGGUGGGGGAUAUGGUGCUGGAUGUGGAACUGUAGGGGAAGGUGGAUAUGGAGGUGGAAGUGGUGCUGGUUCUGGAGCAGGUGGUGGUGCUGGAUAUGGAGGCGCAUCUGGACAUGGUGGUGGAGGUGGCAGUGGUGCUGGUGCUGGUGGGGGAGGUUCUGGAUAUGGAGGCGGAGCUGGUGAAGGUGGUGGAGCUGGAUAUGGGGCUGGUGGAGGUAGUGGUGGUGGUGGAUAUGGAGGUGGAGCAGGAAGAGGAUCCGGAGGUGGAUAUGGGGGUGGAGGUGCAGGUGGCGCUGGAGGAGGAGGUGGUGGCGGGAGUGGUGGAGGAGGAGGAGGUGGUUAUGGUGCAGGGGGAGCACAUGGGGGUGGUUAUGGAAGUGGUGGAGGAGAAGGAAGUGGUUAUGGUGCAGGGGGAGCACAUGGGGGUGGUUAUGGAAGUGGUGGAGGAGGAGGAGGUGGUUAUGGUGCAGGGGGAGCACAUGGGGCUGGUUAUGGAAGUGGUGGAGGAGCAGGAGGUGCUGGAGGUGGCAGUGGUGGCGGCUCAGGUGGCGGUGGUGGAUAUGGUGCUGGAGGGGCACAUGGGGGAGGUUAUGGGGCUGGAGGUGGAAGUGGUGGUGGCCACGGCGGUGGCUAUGCCCCUAGAAUAUUGUUAUGGCAUUUUGUGGGCUUCUGUAAGUGGGGGGCACCAUUUUCGCUUUUGCAUGUGCUCAACCACUCUCUCUGCCACCAACACGCCUUUGGACCCCAGUCCUAUGCCUAUAAAUUUCAUCCUUCUCCUCCGUUUCUAAGCCAACACAUCCCCAUGGCUACUCACAAAGUUGUUUCUUCUGUUUUCUUUGUGUUAUUAGGCUUAGGAAUAUGUUCUGCCACUAGAGGGCUACUUACUUUUGAAGAACCUAUUCACCACAUUCCUGCAGUUGGCUAUGGCGGAGGCCAUGGUGCUGUUGGAAGUGCUAGAUAUGGUGGUGGUGAGGUUGGUGGGUAUGGUGGUGGAGGUGGAGGUGGCUCAGGAGGUGGUGGUGGUGGUGCUCAUGCAGCUGUAGGGGGAGCUGGUGGGUAUGGAAGUGGUGGUGGUAGUGGAGAAGGUGCUGGCGGUGGUUAUGGAGGUGCUGGUGGAUAUGGUGGCGGUGGUGGUGGUGGCAGUGGUGGUGGAGCUGGUUAUGGUGCUGGAGGUGAGCAUGGUGUGGGAUAUGGAAGCGGUGGUGGUGGUGGCAGCGGUGGAGGAGGUGCUUAUGGGUCUAGCGGCGACUAUGCUUCUGGAUAUGGAAGUGGCAGUGGCGCUGGUGAAGGUGCUGGGGCUGGCUAUGGAGGCGCUGGUGGACAUGGUGGUGGAGGCGGCAGUGGAGGUGGAGCUGGCCAGGGUUCUGGAGGUGAGCAUGGUGCUGGAUACGGAAGUGGAGGUGGCGCAGGCAGUGGUGCUGGCUAUGGAGGAGGAGCUGGACAAGGAGGGGGAGGUGGUGGUGGUGGUGGCAGUGGAGGUGGAGCAGCUUAUGGCGCUGGAGGAAAUCAGGGUGCUGGAUAUGGAAGUGGUGGUGGAGAAGGUGGGGGUGCAGGUGCUGGUGGAUAUGGAAAUAUUGGUGGGGGAGGAGGUGGUGGUCAUGGUGGAGGCGGUGGGGCCGCUUAUGGAGCUGGAGGGCAACAUGGGGGUGGUUACGGAGGUGGAGAAGGAGGUGGCUACGGUGGUGGUGCUGGUUCUGGCGGCGGUGGUGGGGGAGGAAGUGGAGGUGGUGGUGGAGCAGGCUAUGGUGCAGGAGGAGCACAUGGAGGUGGAUAUGGUGCAGGAGGAGGAACUGGAGGAGGUUAUGGUGGAGGCAGUGGUGGUGGUGGCGGCGGAGGUAGUGGUGGUGGAGGCGGCGGAGGCUAUGCUCCUUGAAAAACCCUUACUACAUGAAAGAUUGUACUCCAAAUAAUAAUAAGAAGAUGCUUCAAAUUUAUUAAGCGAAAGAAGAAUAUUGGAAGUUUGUGUGGUAAUUAAUCAAUCAUAAUUUACAAUUUUAUUUGGCAA